AUGGCAUUGUUGCUCCUACUGGUGAUGCUGACAGCAUGUGCUGCUGUUCCUCAAGGCUGGCCGGUCUGCAAUUCAUUUUCUAUGAGAAGUGACGAAUCACAAGGAGCGUGAUAAGGACAGACAGCAGCUGAGGGCAGAUCUGUCAGGUAAAAUGUUCACCUUCCCACAACAGACCAGCUCAGCUCAGGUGAGGCUGACAACAUCAAGACAGUAUCUGAGGGAUGUGACCGUCUGUCUCAGGUAUUUUACAGACCUCCGGAGAGAUUACAGUCUUUUCUCUUUGGCCACACCCUCUGUUCCCAAUGAAGUUCUGAUUUUCAAGACGGGUGCAAGCGAUAGGAUUGAUCUCUGGUUCAGGAAUAGUGUUGCAGACUUCGUAGGGCAGGACAACAAUCUGAACACAUGGCACUCAGUUUGUGCCACAUGGGAUUCUGCAUCUGGACUAGGGCAGCUGUGGUUAGAUGGAAAGCCCUCAAGUAGGAAAUUCAUCAGCUCUGGAUCCGACAUCAGCGGGCCCUUCAUAAUUGUUUUGGGACAGGAGCAGGAUUCCCAUGGUGGAGGCUUUGACAUUAAUCAGUCUUUUGUUGGCAUGCUGUCUGACGUCCACAUGUGGGACUACUCCCUUUCGCCAUGCAUGAUCAAGCGGUAUAUGGAUAAACUGAACUUCACCCCGGGAAAUUUGCUCAACUGGAGGAAACUGGAGUUCCAGACUGUAGGGAGGGUGCUGAUAGAAAAUAAGCAAGAGUCCAACUGUUAAACUUUUCAGGUUAAACAAAAGAGUGAAAUUCAAAAAAAAAAAACAAACAAAAAAAAAACCUCCUUCUACCACCUUCUAAAAAUCUGUUGUUGAUAUUAUUAUCUUUUGCUGUAUUUGUUCAUCAUAUUAUUGCAAAAGAGUGACUUUUCUCUUUUUUUAGGUACUUAAUGUGCAAUCAUAAAUCCAUCCAUACUGUAGAGGAAAACAAAGUUCAAAUUGUAUUACAUCAGUUUAUGUUAUUUUUUCCAAAGAACAUUAUUUCUAUAGAUAUUGCACAUUGUGUGUGCUCUCCAAUAGUAGCUUGUGAGUACUGUGUAUGUCUCCUAUCGCUCCACAUUCUGUAUUCUUCAUUUCAGUUGUCUCCCAGUGGUCUCAUUUAUGCUGUAUUUAAAGCAAGAUCAAACAAGUUUUGAAGUGAAGUUGUAAAGUUGUAUUGUGUUUAAUAACUUCUGUAGAUCAACAAUGAAAUGUAAAAAAGAACACUGUAAAUAAUAAAGUGAAUAUUAUGUAAACGCUCUAA